CUUAGCUUUAUCACGCAGACGUGAGUUCCUUCAGCUGCGCUUUUGUGACUGCGGUGCUGCCGUCUUGAGUGCCAGGCUGCCCCGGUGGCGUGCUCAGCGAGAGUGGGGCAGGGAUAGGCGGCACUGAGUGCACGGCAUGUGCCAGGCUCUGCUACUCCGAGGCACGCCUCCCGGAGAGCACCCUGUUAUGACACUCGGCUGUGCCCGUGCCGGCGGCCUUCCGGCCCCGGUGCAACGAAGUGCUGUCUCGUUACAGCCUCGCUCCGCGCUGCUCCACCGUGCAGCUGCCCUCCUCGGCUGGGAUAGGAACGCGCCCGGAGGAGCUCAAACUCCCUCGCCACCCACCGAGAGCCGCGCCCCCCUCUCCGCCGCCGCCGCCGGGACCUCCCCGCGCCGCGCCCUCCUCCCGCCGGCGGGGCCGCCCCGCGCCUGUAGGCGCACAGUGGCAGAGAGAGGCGCGGCCGGAGCGGCAGCGGCGGGUCCCGGGCGGUGCGCGGAGCAUGGCCCCAGCGGGGCGGCUGUGCGCCGCGCUGCUCUGCGGCGCCCUCAGCCUCUGUAGUGUGCGGGCCGCGCCGCGGCAGGCCGACACGCUUUACAUGUGGAUCGACGCGCAGCAAGCGAGAGUCCUCAUCGGCUUCGAGGAGGAUAUUCUGAUCGUGUCCGAGGGGAAGAUGGCUCCCUUCACGCACGACUUCAGGAAAGCCCAGCAGAGAAUGCCCGCUAUUCCUGUUAGCAUCCAGGCCAUGAACUUCACCUGGCAGGCAACGGGACGGGCUGAGUACUUCUACGAGUUCUUGUCCUUGCGCUCUCUGGAUAAAGGCAUAAUGGCUGAUCCAACUCUAAAUAUCCCUCUGCUGGGAACAGUUCCUCAUAAGGCAUCAGUUGUUCAGGUUGGAUUCCCUUGCCUUGGCAAACAAGAUGGGGUUGCUGCCUUUGAAGUGAACGUGAUAAUAAUGAAUUCAGAAAGCAAUAUUAUUCUCCAGACUCCUCAGAAUGCCAUCUUCUUUAAAACCUGUCAGCAAGCUGAAUGCCCAGGAGGAUGCAGAAAUGGAGGGUUUUGCAAUGAAAGACGUAUCUGCCAGUGCCCAGAUGGAUUUUAUGGACCACACUGUGAGAAAGCGUUGUGUGCUCCUCGCUGCAUGAAUGGUGGGCUCUGCAUUACACCUGGACUCUGCAUCUGCCCUCCAGGCUUCUAUGGCAUCAACUGUGACAAAGCAAACUGUACAACGACCUGCUUCAAUGGAGGAACAUGUUUCUACCUGGGAAAAUGCAUUUGUCCUUCAGGCUAUGAAGGAGACCAAUGUGAAAUCAGUAAAUGCCAUCAGCCCUGUCGUAAUGGAGGCAAAUGCACUGGUAAGAACAAAUGCAAGUGCUCCAAAGGCUACCAGGGAGACCUGUGCUCAAAGCCUGUCUGCGAACCUGGCUGUGGCCUGUAUGGCACCUGCACCGAGCCCAACAAAUGCCAAUGCAAAGAAGGUUGGCAUGGGAGACACUGCAAUAAAAGGUAUGGAGCCAGCAGUCUGAGUGCCCUGAGGCCAUCAGGCAGCAAGCACAGGCAGCACACGCCUUCGCCAAAAAGGGAGGAGGAGAGGCAUGUGCCACCCGAAUCCAAUUACAUCUGGUGAGCUCCAGCAUCUGAAACGUUUUGGAAAGUACCAAGUGUAUUAAAAAUGCACUUCAGUGGUGCAUUUAAGCCAGCGUGGUGUAAACGAUGUAAAACUGUGCCAUAUAAACUUUCUGCAUCAGCUUGGGGUAAUAUAAUAUAUUGUAAACAAACCAGCUCUUAUGUAAUAAACUUUUUAUACUGACAGUUAUGUAUAAAAUAAAGAUGCUGCUUUAGUUUU